AAGGUUUUAGUUUUUUUGUAUAUUUUAAAGUUAAACCAAUUUUGAGCUUUUUAUUUUGUUUGUAACACCAAUAUGGCUCCGUUUGUUCGAGUGAAAGUUGUGAGGUGUGAACCUGGUGAAACUACUCAACAGAAUGGAUCGAAUGUUGAUACGUUUGUUGCUAUUAAUGUCAAAGAAUGUGUUGUACAGAAUGGUGUACAUGGAACCCUUAUGCAGAAAAAGAAAACAAUUUACCCAGAGUGGGGAAGCUGUUUCGAUUCUCAUUUAAAAGACGGGCGAGUAAUCCAGUUGGUACUAAUGCAGAAGCCUGAUAAACUGGUAAGUGAAUGCAACAUCGGUUUACAAAUGCUCGCUGAUAAAUGUCGCAACCAAAGUAUUGGAGGUUCUGGUACUGAUGUUUGGCUUGAUUUGAGACCAGAAGGAAGAUUGUUACUACAGGUUAAACUGUUUGUUGAACAGGAAGAUUUAAGUCAACAACCAAAAGAUGAACUUCCGACACGUACGAUCCAAAAUCGCCGAGGUGCAAUUAAAAAACAAAAAGUUCACAUGGUUAAGGGCCACGAACUCACAGCACGAUUUUUCCACCAGCCAACAUUUUGUUCCGUGUGUAAAGACUUCAUGUGGGGCCUUAACAAGCAGGGGUACCAAUGUAAAGAAUGCGGCAUUGCAAUGCAUAAGAAAUGUGUUCCAUGUAUUCUCACCAAGUGCAGUCGGUCCACCGAACGUUGUGAUACAACACUGUAUCUUAAAGAGAGAUUCAAAAUCAACAUGCCCCAUCGCUUUAAAGUGUUCAGCUACAAGCGUUUCACCUUUUGCGACCACUGUGGUUCAAUGUUGUAUGGUUUAAUACGACAAGGUGUUCGCUGUGAAGAAUGCGGGACAAAUGCUCACCAUAAAUGUUAUAAGAAGAUGGCACAUACAUGUGGUGUAAACCAAGCAUUACUGGCUGCAGCAUUGGAAAAACUUGAUAAAGUACCUUCAGUUCAGCAAAAGCAGCAGCCCAUACCCCCAUUUGCAAACCAUGAAUCUGCCAUAUAUGAGGACGCGUCACAACUUUUAAUUCCUAAAGAAAAAGCGAACAGAAGGAUAUCAGCACCUGCUAUGGAUGACAUGUACGAAGCAAUGUGGAAAGCCGAGAGCGGUGAACCGAUGCGUCAGAAAUCCAAGGAAGCUCCUGCUAAACUAAACAACGCUUCUGCUUACCCCGUUGCCCAAAAACCAACCCCUGCCCCCCGUUCUUCAAGGAGACCUCCCGAAGAACCCAAGUUUAAAUCGGAAGAUUUUAAAAUGCUCAAAGUUCUUGGGAAAGGCAGUUUUGGAAAGGUUCUACUCGCCGCGGACAAAGACGUGAUAGCUUCCCUUGACCAAGCUUUAUUCAAAGGCUUCAGUUUCGUAAACCCUCAAAGCAAAAAGUGGCUUACUGCUUCAUGA